UCCUGUAACCACUCCCAGCCUCCCUCUCUGUGGCUCCCUCGCUCUGUCUGUGAUGCUGCAGCUCCUGUAGUCUCUUCAGUCUCCAGUAAACAGCAGUCAUGGCGACAAUGGUCCAGCCGCUCACACUGGAAAGAGAUGUUGCCCGGGCUAUCGAGCUGCUGGAGAAGCUGCAGGAAUCAGGGGAUGUUCCUGGUCAUAAGUUGCAGUCCCUGAAGAAGGUUCUGCAGAGUGAGUUCUGCACAGCAAUCAGAGAGGUCUAUCAGUACAUGCAUGAAACAAUUACAGUGAAUGGCUGCCCAGAGUACCAGGCAAGAGCCACGGCUAAGGCCACAGUCGCAGCCUUUGCAGCCAGCGAAGGUCACUCACACCCUAGGGUGGUCGAGCUUCCCAAGACAGAGGAAGGGUUAGGCUUUAAUGUGAUGGGCGGCAAGGAGCAGAACUCACCUAUAUACAUCUCCCGCAUCAUUCCUGGAGGAGUGGCUGAAAGGCACGGUGGCCUAAAACGAGGGGAUCAGCUGCUGUCUGUCAACGGCGUGAGUGUAGAAGGAGAACAUCAUGAGAAAGCGGUGGAGCUGCUGAAGGCUGCCAAAGACAGCGUGAAGCUUGUGGUUCGCUACACCCCCAAAGUGCUGGAGGAGAUGGAGGCUCGCUUCGAGAAGCUCCGCACGGCCCGGCGGCGUCAGCAGCAGCAGCUCCUGAUGCAGCAGCAGCAAAAUCUGGCUGCUCAGCAAAAUCACAUGUCGUAGGUUGUUCCAGAAGAAAAAGAAAUAAAAGCACUAAAGGAUGGAUCUCAAAGAUCACCUACAUGCGGAGGAUCCCAAAGGAAUCUCUUUGUAGUGGAGGAAAUCGACAAUAAGACUCUCUUGACCUCCUGUUUCUCCCUUCCAGUGAACCACCGAUUACUGAGCAAAGAGAGAAUUUGGUGUAAAACUGGUGCUUUGAAGAACAUAUUGAAAGUUGUCCAGUUUAACUUUAUACUCCCUUUUUAUAGUUUUCUGUUCCCCUGUUGUGGAUUUUUAAAAGCUCCCUUUUCUUGUGUUUCUCGUUAAUUAUUUUGCCUGUUAUUCAUUUUUAAUACUUCCAUCCAAGAUGCAGUAGAGCUUCUGCCAUUUUGCCAUAGAUAUCAUUUGUACCGUGGUGUUUCUAUCAACUCCUCAAUUCUGGUGCUUGUGUCUCAUAUAAAUGAUUUCUUGUCCUGUUUUUCGAUAAACUGUUUUUUACCUUCUAUACUGUAGCAACAGCAGAUUUUAUAUCUUGUAGUUUUAGCAAUAAGACAUUUUUGGUUCAGUUCAUAAAUAAGAACACAAAGUUAUUGUGUGAUUGAAAACACAGUAAAGCAAACAUAGUCCUGUUACUGUAAGGCAGCUUCCGAGUUCAAAUUCUCUGUACCGUUUGAAGAGAUUAAGGUUGGUUUACUGGCAACAUGUACAAUUAUUGUGCAAUAAAAAACUUUAAAUCAAUAAUCCCACCUGAAAUCUAUCUAGAUUAUAUGUCACAAAGAGAUUAUUUCAAACAUCUGUUCCCGACAGAUAAACAGAAUGUCAUCCGAUCACAUAGAAUAUUGUAGAAUUAUCCUUAUUUUUCGGAAAAUUGUAGAUUAGAGAUCUAAAGAAAAGUUUUAGCAUUUCAGAUAUAUUCUUUUUCAAACAUACAGAUUAUUAUUAACACAUGUUUGUUGUGUAAUAUUAGUGCAUAGAUCGGGAUGUGUUUUUUUCUCUUUUUUUAACAAUCAUGAGUGAGACAUUGGAAGGUUCAGCAUUUAUCUCAUGAAAAAGCAUUGACUGCAGAGUUUAAAUUUAAUCCAAAAGGUUUAAAAAUUAUAUACAUGGGCUUAAAUAUGUAUGUAAAUACAUCCACACUAAUAUUUAAUUGUCCUUUAGCAAAAUGCAUCUCAACCACACUUAGCCAUUAGCAUGCCUCUGGCUGAGUUCUGACUAUAGAUUUGACAACUUUUAUUGAUAGAAUUGGUGUAUUUGAAUUGGUUAUUUUUUUACAUCGACCCAACUUUUCAGCGCUGUUCUGUAAACUUAAUAUCAGCUGCCACUGUCCAGUUUAAAACAGCUUUGAUAUGUGUUGGAAGUUAUUGUCCUGUUAAAGAAUCAAACUGUGUCAGUCAAUCUGUUUAUUGUAGGUAAUUCUUCAUUACUUUGUUUAACUCACAAGUAAUGCUGGCAGCAUAACAGUCCCUCAGAACGAUGCCGCCACCACCAUGCCUGACUAUUGGUUCAUGGUUCUGGGGAUUGAAAUCCUUGAAUCUUCAAAACAUACUUUACACUCAUUGUGCAUUACUUCUUACUGACACAUAUUUUAAAUAGUGUUGAGGUCAAAUGUUUGCAAAGGUCGUUAUAUUUCAUAAUUUCUGCCAAACUUUGAGCACAAGCAUCGCGGGCAGCAAAACACCCCCUCUACAUGAUAAUUUCUUGGCCUGUUAUCAAAUAUCAGAAGGUGUCUUAAUUUGUUUCAGAGCUUGUUCCUUGUUCGACUCUGAGUCUACGUAGAUUUUAAACUUGCUUCUCUGUAGGUAGUGACAAUGGGAUUUCAGCAUCUUACAGUUUGAUGGCCAGACCCCUAGAUUGCUGUUGUUGAUUCUAACAAAGUUGCUCCAAUUGGACAUAGAUCACAUAUUAAAAUUGUUUUUUUACUGCAUAGAGCAAGCUAACAUUGAUCCUUUGGACUGACACUCUUAAAGCAUUGACUCUUCUGAACUCAUUUCUUGUACUUAAAAUUGAUCAAAGUUGUCCCUUUCAUGAUCUACCCCUAAAAUAACACUGGUUAAAAUAAAUCAGUAAAAAUCCAAAAAAAAUAAGAUGUUAAAGCAUAUGAUGCGUGUAUGCAAACCUCUGACCUGAACUGUAAAAUAUUGCAGAUCUACCUUCAUGAGUAACACGGCAACAUACAACAAGAGCAUUCCCCAAAGCAAUGAGGUCUUAAGUGACCUUAAUGCUUUAUAGUAACAUUUAAUGGUUUUAUAUUUGACUAAAAUAUAUUUGUCCCCAAAUCACUCCCAAAAAUAUGAAAAAAAUUGUUAAAUUAAAUUUUUGUAUCUUUAAAACACUGAUACUUUUUCGUAAUUGAUUUACACUUUAAAAGAAUGAGCCUGUAUCAUAAAGAUGACUGAAAAAUACAAACUGUCCAUAUGCAAUUGUUAUACAUAUUAUAUUUGUAUAAAUAAAUCUAUGUCCUUGUG